AUGUCCAUCCCUUGGGGGGACAUCGGGGGUCCCCUGGUGUGCAAGGACAACGGCGGUGACUACUUCUGGCUGGUGGGACUGGCCAGCUGGGGCAAGGGCUGCGCCGGAGAGAAACGGCCCGGGGUGUUCACCUCCACCCAGCACUUCCACACCUGGAUCCAGGUGCAGAUGGGAAUGGUCCCGCCGGAUACGGAGGCUCCACCGCCCAAGCCAGAGCCACCCACCCCCACCAUUGAGGAAGAGCCAGAAGAACCCGAAGAAGAACUGGAACCAGAGCCUGAGCCAGAACCAGAAUCAGGACCCCAUCCGGUACCGAUACCGGUACCGAUACCAGAACCGGAACCCAUACCAGAACCAGAGCCAGAAGAUGAUGAAGAUGAAGAAGAACCAGAACCGGAGACGUUUAUAACAAUUUCAUUCCCCAAAUCCAUCCUGCUGAGGUUAUUCACGAAUCUGCUGGAGUUCCUGGAGUUCCUGCGGGACAAACUGGAUUGAGCAGGAGGGGGAGCAGAUC